ACGCGGUGACGUAGUGACGCGGUGGCGCGCCGGCCUCCUCCCUGGGCUCGGUGUUCAUGUAGUGUGUAAGAUGGCGGACUUCCUGCCGACCCGCUCCGUGCUCUCCGUGUGUUUCCCCAACUGUGUGCUGAACAACCGGGAGGCCGAGCAGCAGCGCAAGUCCAAGGAGAUCGACCGCUGCAUCUCCCGGGAGAAGACCUACGUCAAGCGGCUGGUGAAGAUCCUGCUGCUGGGCGCCGGCGAGAGCGGAAAGUCCACCUUCCUGAAGCAGAUGCGCAUCAUCCACGGCCAGGACUUCGACGUGAGGGCCAAGCAGGAGUUCCGGGCCACCAUCUACAGCAACGUCAUCAAAGGUAUCCGGGUGCUGGUGGACGCUCGGGAGAAGCUGCACAUUCCCUGGGGAGACCCGUCCAAUCAGAAGCACGGAGAAGUGAUGAUGGCCUUCGACACGCGCUCCGUCAUAGUGUCUCAGGGGAUGGUGGACACCCAAGUCUUCCUCCUGCACUUGUCAUCCAUAAAGACCCUGUGGGCGGACAGCGGCAUUCAGCACGCCUACGACCGGCGCCGCGAGUUCCAGCUGGGUGAGUCAGUGAAAUAUUUCCUGGACAAUCUAGACAAGCUGGGAGAACUGGACUACCUCCCGUCUCAACAGGACAUCCUCCUGGCUCGUCGGCCCACCAAGGGGAUUCACGAAUACGACUUUGAAAUAAAAAACGUUCCUUUCAAGAUGGUGGACGUGGGCGGCCAGCGGUCAGAGCGGAAGCGAUGGUUCGAGUGCUUCGACAGCGUCACCUCCAUCCUGUUCUUGGUGUCGUCCAGCGAGUACGAUCAGGUGCUGAUGGAAGACCGCCAGACCAACCGCCUGACCGAGUCCCUCAACAUCUUUGAGACGAUAGUCAACAACCGGGUGUUCAGCAAUGUCUCCAUCAUCCUGUUCCUGAACAAGACGGACUUGCUGGAGGAGAAGGUGAAGGUGGUCAGCAUUAAGGACUACUUCCCGGAGUUUGGGGGCGACCCGCACUGCCUCUCUGACGUCCAGAAGUUCCUGGUGGAUUGUUUCCGUAACAAGCGUCGGGACCAGCAGCAGAAGCCGCUCUACCACCACUUCACCACCGCCAUCAACACAGAGAACAUUCGCCUGGUUUUCCGCGACGUGAAGGAUACAAUUCUUCACGACAACCUCAAGCAGCUGAUGCUGCAGUGAUCACAGGACUCCGCUUUCCUUGUUGGUUUUUAUUUUUUUUUUAAGGAAUUUCUCCAGUUUUUAUUGAAUUAUUUUUUUUUAAAUGUCUUUGAGGUUUAGCGUCGAGCUCUGGGGCCGCGUGCUUGUGGAUUGUCCUGACAGCCAACCAGAGCCCCUCGCGGCCGCCCCCCGCAGUGGAGCCUGGCCCUGGAUUUGCCUCCUGCCUUAUCUGCGUGUUUAUAACUAACCAGCACAAAUUUGUAUUUUACAACUUUUCGCAAUUUUUUUUUUUUUUUUACCAUCUGUUUUUAAGUUUCCUGAAGUUUUAGCCAUUGUUGGGGGGUGAUGAUGAGGAUCCGCCAUGUUGGGGGUGAUGAGGAUCCCCCUCGGCACAGAGUAUCUAGUUUUAUAUUAUAGUAUUACUUUUAACCUAUUAACAAGGACUGGGCCGCCAGGAAGCGGGGACUCUGCCUGGACUCCGCCCCCUUACAGGGACCUUGCUGGGACUUGUGGAUACAGUAUGUUCCCCCUUCUGAGUAAUACUAUUGCAACAUCUGGUCAGUGACGGCCGGAGGGGCAAGACUCCCAUCAUCCUCCUCCCCAUAAUAUCCAUGUAAUCGCUAACCUUGCACUUUGACGUCAUUUUCUCUGAGUCGGGAAGAGGUUUCCAUCCAGAAGUCGCCAUGAUGGAGCAAUCGCCCGGUAAAAGCGGAACUGAUAUAUAUAACCGCUGAUUCUGAUGGCAUAGAUUGGGGGGGGGGGCGUGUCCUCUAGUAAUGGCCGUCAUUAGGCCGUGCAGAUUAUACCACUGGAGCCACCAUGUUAGUCCCCUGAGGGUGCACAGUGCCAAGUACCUGGGUGUCGGGGUUCACAGCAGGUUUGGGGUGCAGGGACUGUGGGCUCCUCCCUUGUAUAGCGGGGUUUCUAUGAAGUGGGGUUGCCACGGCGACUCUUCUAUAUUUUCACUCUAUAUAGUAUAUUUUUAGAUGAAAUGUGAAUAAAUCGUUUUUUGUUUUUUUUUUCCAGGGGGGGGGGUUCGAUAUCGAGGUUUAUAAUAAUUGUGCCAAAAAAUUCACCGGGUGAGCGGGUGUCGGGGCGUGUCCUCAGCCACUGACUGCAGCCGCUUCAGCUACUUGUCUCCGGGCCCCUGGGGGUCCUUAACUUGUGGCCCUCUGUCACGUCAUUAGGAUCUUCUGUCACUGGGUUUUUUUUUAUAUUUUUUAUAUUACUUUUUCCUGAAAGGGUUAAACUGCUGUUAAUUUUGCACUCGACCAUUAAAUCCCUGGGAUAGACCGUGGGCGACUCAUUGGGAGCGGUGGCGGUCCAUAAGAAGCAGCGACUCAUCAGGAGCGGCGAGUGGCACAGAAAUGUUGUCAUUCACUUACAGCAAGCAGAUCUUGUAACUGGCUCAGUGUGAACCACCGAAGUCUGUUAGAAAGUUGCAGAGCCGCUGAGGUUGUGCACAUAAUACUGGAUGUGGCGGCGAGGGGGGUGCGUGGCCCCUGGGGGGCAGGGUAACAUGGCAGUGUGGCCCCUCCAUAGGGAGUAAGGAUCUGGUGUAUUAUAAUAGGGGGGGCAUCAGCCGUGCCUUCUCAGUCUAUUGGGGGUUUGGUCCCUCCUACAUGAUGUUGGUGGCAGCGCUCCCGGCGCCGCGGUUUAGGGCGAAGCCUCCAGUCGCAGCAAUAAUAUUAGAGGAGACUUAUUCCUCGUCUUGUGCCUUGUCCACAUCUUAUAAUGCUGUAUCCAAAGGGAAAGGCUUUGAAUAAGUGUUCACACCCCUUGUAACCAGAGGCAAAGUGGGUUACUCACGGCUGGGAGUUGUAGUCCCCAGGAGCUGCAGAUGGUUGGAUGAUGGCCUGCAGUGCUCCCUGCUGGUGCGGUGCGGUACUGCAUCCCACUCCCAUACAUUUCUUAUCCUGUUUAGGCCUCGUGCACACGGCCGUUGCUCGGAAAUUUGCGGUCUCCAAUGCACAGAAGCACCCCGUAGUGUGGACCCAUUGAAGUGCUUUUUGCGGGCCGCAAUACGUGCAAUGGCCGCGUGCAUGGGGCCUUACUAGGAGGUGAUGUCAUCUGUGAGGUGCAGAGAUAGGCCGCCCCUCCCCCACACUUGGAAUUUACUUAACCACUGAGACGACUUGAGAUGGGCAUUGUGUGAAGUAGUCACUGCUGUUGUGUGUACUACUACCCCCAACAUGGCAGAGACAGAUUAUAAAUAGGUCCAUAAAGGGAGAUGGGGAGGAGCCUGAUCUGGCUGGUCACCAGAUAAGCCCCUCCCCCUGUGUGUUCAGUCUUCCAUGGCGUGCGGUCACAGCUAUCCAUCCUCGCUCAGUUGCCAUCUAUGGAUACGACUCUGAUCCGGAGUCGGGUCCUGUGCUCUAGUUGCCUCCAGAGCUGCAGUCACAGUUCUGCUGCCCCCCCCCCUGAGUUUCAAGGAUAUCCUCUGCUGUAGUGCAUUGGGGGAGAGGCAGCGCAGCAGGUGGCUGUUAGGAACCCGUCUGAUGUAACUGCAGCUCUGGUGGCAGCUAGAGUACGAGAGAGUAGAUAUGCUCUAGUCUCCUCCAGAGCUGUAAUCGCAACAUGUGGCUGGAGCCCUGGAUCAGCAGGGCAUCACAUGGCCAUUCACCCUUUACCUCUGUGAUCAGACCAUGUACUGUCUCUUUAAAUCUCCCGUCGGUGCCUUCCGCCGUCUUGUGGCUUUUAUAAAAGGCCGAUGAUUUUGUAUUCCCUGUAAAUAUGUGCACCUCCCCGUCCCUCGCUGCUGGAGGUCCUCGCUGGACAACUACAGAAGUGCCUGCAGCUUAUACCUCACCACUGAGGCACGAGGCGCCUCAAUGCGAUCAUAGUGCUUGGCCUGUCGUUGGCCUCAUCCUCUGUUAUGAUUUUGGCUUCUUCAGUAUAUUUUGCGUUCUGUGUGGAGCCGUCGUCAGUCGCAUAACCGGCGCAUAGAUGAAAGAUCGCACUCGUCUCUGCGCCAGUCUAUUUUGACCGCGCUCUCCCGCCCAAGCCCCCCUCCUGACGGCGCUCUGCUGUCCCACGCCCCAUCCUGACGGUGCGCUCCUACCCCACGCGCCCCCCUCCCCCGACUGCGCUCUCCUGCCCCAUGCCCCUCCUCCCUCUCCCCGGUUGUGCCAGAUGAUAUACAGGUCUUGUGUCUAUGGCCGGCUUUGUGCCCGGGGUGCGAUGUGGGCGCCCUGCUCCCGCUGGGAUUGUCACCCCUCGGCAGUAGGACGUGUUGUACAUUUUCUUUUGGUUCUAGGUUAUUGGUGAUAAGUUAUUGUGGAGCAGAACCUGCGCACUGAUCCCGGCCGCACGGUUAUCGGACCCCCGUGUAACUUCUGUACAUUCUGUACAUAUCCCCAGGACUGGGUUUUGCCUUUUCCAUUAUUUGCCUGUAAAUCUGAUAGUUACUGACCUGAAAUAAACCUGUUUAAAGCCUGA